CUAGGGCUAGGGUUUUGGAGCGUGAUGGCAGGGGUGCAGGUCGGGCGCGUCCGCGCGGAUCCAUCCAAGAAGGGCAAGGGGAAGAGGCUGCUGCCGCCGCCGCCAGGGGCCGGCGGGGGCGGCAGCGCGUCGGCGGAGGCGUCGGAUGCGGCGCGCAAGGUGCUCAAGGAGUGGCCGACGUGGGCGAUGAAGAAGCUCAAGACGGCGGUGCACUACGGCUUCAUCCCGCUCAUCAUCGUCAUCGGGAUGAAUGUGGAGCCCAAGCCGCAUUGGACGCAGCUCUUCAGCCCAGUUUGAGCGAGUUUGGGCUGGUAACAAGAGAAAAUGCUCCUUUUUCUUUUCUUGCUCCUCUCCUUGGUUUCAGUCGCUGGCUAGAUGGAUCACAGCCUAGAGUUUGGUAGCAAAUCAACUUAUAGUCACUAGUGAGGGAGAGAUCUCUUGCCUCUGCCUAUAUGGAUGGAUGGUUUUCACAUCGAUUUGCGUUUCUUAUUUGCAUGUGAAGAAUAAGAAUGAACUAAACACUAUGGUUUU